CGUAUAUGUCAGCCUCAGAAGCUGCGUGGGUCGUUCAGCUCCCUCACGCCAUUGUUGUUGUUGUUAUGAAAAAAGGCAGAACAAAGGACUCCACAUGCUACGGAACUCUUAUACCUUUUGUCGGCUCAGCUGUGAUAUGAUCACACCCUGAAGGAAUACUAUUGAAAUGAACCACAUUAAGGAGCCCAGUAGGCGUUAACUGAGGUGGCUCACAUCCAGAGGCAGAGGCAAAAAGGAAGCUGAAGCAUCAUUGAAAGUCCUCCGUAUUUUCGGUUUCCCGGGGUUCAUCUGCCUCCUUUUCCAGAGAGUGGCCACUGCCUCUCUGACGCUUUGGCGCGGACAUCGCUGUGGCUUAUUUGUUGAAGGGGUUGCUGUGGAUACUGACAGGAGGGAGGCUGCACUGGAGCCAGAGGCAAGACUGAAGCUGCCUGCUGCAGAGAGUGCUGCUAUGGAGCAGAUGAGACUGAACCAGGUUAAGAAAACGUGAGAUACACGCCACACUUUGGCUCAAGGCUGCGUUUUGUGGAAGGAUCGCAGCCGAUAUCUGCCUGGACCCCUCCUGCUGCACUCAGACUCCCAUCACUUUCUUCUUGAAAUUUGUCCAGGAGUUGGAGUGCGUUCAGCCAGAUGUGUUAGCAUCACAGGUCAUGUGAGUUCUCAUGUGAGUGGGAUAAAAUGGUGGAGGGUCUAGUAGACCCAUCUUCUCCUUUCUGUGUGACUGCCUGAAUAGCAACGCCUGAAUGAGAAAAAGCAAUGCGGGCAACGGUAAUCCUGGUGCAGGUAAAUCCAGGUGAGGCCUUCACGAUUCGGCGAGAGGAUGGUCAGUUUCAGUGUAUCACAGGUCCUGCUCAGGUUCCCAUGAUGUCUCCAAAUGGUUCAGUGCCUCCAAUCUACGUGCCUCCUGGAUACGUUUCACAGAUCAUCGAGGAGAACGGUGUGCGGCGGGUUCUGGUUUUACCUCAGCAACCAGAGUUCCACCCAGGGGGGCACUCCCCUCUCCACCAUCCUCCUCCCCAUCCCCACCUGCCUGCCUUCAUCCCACACCCUGCCAUGAUGCCCCCUCCACCCCACUUGUAUGCAGGCAUGGCAGGUGGCGUGGGCGACAUGAGCUCUCAGUACAUCUCGCAGUACCAUCCCUACUCAGAGCAGGUCUCUGCAGAUUCCCACACCCAACAUAGCCGCGCACCAUUUGGUCACAGAGACGACAGAACUAGCAAAACAUACGAGCGUCUGCAAAAGAAACUGAAGGAUCGCCAGGGAGGUGGGGGAGUCGGGCCGGCCAAAGACAGCCCUCCGCCUUCACCGCAGAAAACUUGUAGCAGCCCUCCAGUGGUGGACAUUCACAACGGCGUCGGAGGGAAAGGGCUGGAGGCAGAGCAGGGCCAAUUCAGUCAUGCAGUAGCCGGUCCUGACAAGCAGACGGGCACAGGAAGAAAUGGAGAAUCAGCAGAGCUAGAUGAAGAAUCUCUGGCUCUUCAAGCACUGUUGAGCACCAUCAGUAAACCAGUGGUGUCCGACGUCCAAGCCAAAGGUGCUGUAGUGAGCUGGAGUCCACCCUCACGGCCGGAGAGAGACAAUGACAGUGUGGAAGACGAACCCCUGGAGUCCCUCAGCUAUGAGGUCUCCAUCUCUGUCAGCGGUGUAGAUGGGAAAUACAAGAGCGUGUAUACCGGAGAAGAAUUAAGUGCUACAUUGGAAGACCUUCGACCAGCAACAGACUAUCACAUCAGGGUGCAGGCCGUGUGUAACUGUUUACAGGGAAGCCCGUCGGAGGCCGUGAGCUUCACUACUUUAAGCUGUGAGCCGGAUCCUCCUAAUCCUCCCAGGAAGGCCAGUGGGACCAAGAACACGCUUGUACUCCAGUGGAAGGCUUCAUGUGACAAUGGUUCUAAAAUCCAAAACUACAUUCUCCAGUGGGAUGAGGGGAAGGGCACUGGGAUUUAUGAGCAGUGCUACUAUGGACCUCAGAAACAGUACAGAGUGACCAAGCUUUCCCCAGCUUCCAGAUACUCUUUCCGUGUUGCAGCAAAAAAUGACAUGGGUGUGAGCGAGUUCAGUGAAGUGGUGGACCUGUUCACCUCAUACAGUGUGCCAUUGCCACCCUUCCCUCCAGAGCUGGAGAAGGCGGGGGUGACCUGGCUGUGUCUGAAGUGGCAGAGGCCCUCUAGCUCUCCAAAGGAGGAUGACAUCUGCUAUAUUUUGGAGAUGGAGGAGGAAGGAUCGGGAUAUGGCUUCCAGCCAAGCUACGAUGGCGAUGAGCUCUCCUGUACUGUCAAGAGCCUCCACAGGAGUACAAAGUACAGGUUUAGGGUGGCAGCAUACAACUCUGAGGGGAAGAGUAACCCCAGCCAGGUGGUCGAGUUCAUCACAAAGCCAGACCGACCCAACUGUCCCUGCAGGCCCAUCAUUAAAGGCAGACUCCUGCCCAACAGCUUCAAGAUAGCCUGGGAGCCUCCAAAAGAUAACGGUGGAGCUGAAGUCACAAAGUAUGUUGUGGAGCUGUCUGAGGGUUUAAGUGGCUUGUCCUGGGAGCUGGUGUACACAGGACCGGCUAUGGAACACGUUUGCGACGGCUUGAAGCCUGGCUGCUCCUACCAGACGCGGGUUUACUGCAUGAGCGAGGGGGGGCAGAGCCCGCUGUCGGAGACCCUGCAGGUCCAGACUCCCGCAGUGCCCCCGGGGCCCUGCCACCCCCCUCGGCUGGUGGGCAAGCCCAAAGCCAGGGAGGUGCAACUGCGCUGGGGUCCCCCUCAAGUAGAUGGAGGCAGUCCUGUGUCCUGCUACAGCGUAGAAGUGAGUGGGCUCCAGCCUGAGGACAGCAGGGAGGUUUACCAGGGUCCUGAGCUAGACUGCUCAGUGGGAGGCUUACUGCCUGGCAAAACCUACAGCUUCCGGCUCAAGGCAGGGAAUAAAGCCGGGUUUGGGCCACUUUCGGAGCGUUGUGAGGUCACGACUGGCCCUGGGGCGCCUGAGCAGUGCAGGGCUCCUUCUAUCACAUGCAAAUCCCCAAGCUGUGCUGUUGUGAGCUGGGAGGCCCCUCCUUGCAAUGGAGCCCCAGUGACAGAGUUUCGUUUGGAGUGGGGAGCUGCUGAGGGCAGCAUGCAGAUGUGCUACAGCGGAUCUGGGCUCAGCCAUGAAGUGAAGGGGCUGCUUCCCGCGUCCAUCUACUUCUGUCGUAUACAGGCUGUGAAUGUGGCUGGAGUCGGCCAUUUCAGCGAAGCGGUGCUGUGCCAGACGCCUUGCUCUGUGCCGGCAGCUGUCGGCAACAUCAACGCGUUGAAGGAGUCCGAGAUGCAAAGGUUUGGGACGGAAGUGGAUGAAGAGGAGGAGGAAGAGGAGGAAGAAGAGGAGAGGAGUUCCCGGCCUGCACCACUCUACUCCCCGUCCACCUGCCUGGGUAUUUGCUGGGAAGCCCCAUGCAAUCACGGCUCUGAGAUCACAUCCUACCUGAUUGACCUGGGAGAGCGCCAGCCCAUCGCAGUUGGUCCCGUCACCAGAUACAUCAUUCAGCAUCUCCAGCCUGAUACUAGCUACAGGAUUCGAAUCCAAGCUCUUAACAGCUUGGGAGCAGGCCCCUUUAGUCACACCUUUAAGCUGAAGACGAAGCCCCUGCCCCCGCAGCCGCCUCGCCUGGAGUGCACCGCCUUCAGCCACCAGACCCUCAGGCUCAAGUGGGGUGACGGCCCAGCCAAAGCCACCGCCUCAGACGCCCUCCAGUAUCAGCUGCAGAUGGGGGACAGAAGCGGCAGAUUUAUAUACGUGUAUAAAGGACCAUGCCACACACACAAAGUCCAGAGGCUUAAUGAGUCUACCUCUUAUACGUUCCGCAUCCAGGCCUUUAAUGAGGCGGGCGAAGGGCCCUUCUCCAAUGUUUACACAUUCACCACCCCGCGCUCUCCUCCAGCCCCCGUGAAAGCACCUAAAGUGGAGCGUGUGGAUGACACUUCAUGUGAAGUCACAUGGGAGACGCUGUCGCCCAUGAAGGGGGACCCAGUCAUCUACACUUUGCAGUGCAUGAUGGGAAACUCUGAUUUUAAACAGAUCUACAAAGGCUCUGCAACAUCCUUCCACGUUCAGAACCUUCAGCCCAGCAAUGACUACCGUUUCCGAGUGUGUGCCAUCAGGCAGUGCCAGGAUGCCCUGGAGCUGAGCGGCCCCUACAGCCCCACAGUGACCCUGUUUACCCAGCGGAACGACGCAGCGGUGGGUGGCGGCACAGCCGGCUCGGGUUCCAAGGCCAGCAUGGAGUCCAGCCGAGCCAGAUGGAGCCUGACGGAUGAGCAGUGCGCUUUCCUCCUCCUCAUGGUCUUCGCCGUCAUUGCCAUCCUCAUUGCUUUUGUCAUCCAGUACUUUGUCAUCAAAUGAGCAGUUUGCACCGCCCUGCAGGCUGCAGGGUCGAAGCUUUAUUCUUCCCCCUUUCUGUUGUUCUGUAUUCUUUGUUUUAUACUUCCUGUUUUCUGUUGUCAACAGAGUAAUCAAAUUAGCCACAAAUUAGCCAAGGGGUGUAGAUCAAGGGGGGACAGCUGAAGAGAAGGUUAAACCCAGGAGGACCUGAGACCCUCCUGACUCUCCUGCCUUUGACACCCCACCCCAGCUUUGUGGUACCUGUCGUUAAGUUCACAAAUUAGUUCCACCGUGAUCACCUUCCUGCACAGACUGAACUAAAGAGUAGAGAUAUGGUCUAUUAUGGGGAGGGGCUUUCAGUGGCGGGGGGGGCGUACUCGUUGAUUACUUUGUGCGCGUGUGUAUAGAAAUUGUCAUUAUUUAUAUUUCCCUUUAGGUAUCCAGUAUGAAACUGUUUUUGAUAGGUGUGUUCCAACAGUAGUGUAUUGGUGUGUCGUCGCCUGUGUCCUAUUAGAUCCUGGGACCUGCAGGGCCAGUGUUUGCACAGUGGUGCAUGUGUGUGUCCAGACUUGUGUACAGUGUGUAGUUUGUGCCACAGAGGUACACUGCUGGGAGGGAUGUGUAGGGUCAGAUGAAGGGACUUGAUGCCCCACCAUGCUGGAGUUUUAGGGGAGUGGAGAUGGAGGAAACGGAAACGAGAACCUUGUUCACAUCAUAGAACGUUCAUUUAGCACUUUCCAACCUUUUUGAUGUUCAGAAUGUUUAAGGAUGCAAAAAUGACUGGAGAAAUGUUAGUAUAUUUUUGUAUAGUGAAGACACAAGGACCUGUAAGUUUGAGGAGAAAAAAAGCUUAAUAUAAAGCUAGAAAACAAACAAAAACCAAACUAACAGUGAAUUCUAAUUAUUUUUACUAUCAUAUAGUUAUACUGUAGCUUGUUUUUACAAUCAUGCAGCUGCUUUACUCUGAAAUAUUGUUGUUCAGCACAAAAAAUGUAUGCUUACCCAUAUGUUUUUUUGUUUUUGUUUUAUUUUAGUUUUUUUGUUCUAAGUUUUUUGUUUUUUUUUCCCCAGUAAUUGAUCUUGCACCUUAGUGACAGAAAAACCUUGACUUACCGCGUCUUGGUCUUGUGAUGCAUUUUAUAGAACACACUUGAGAUUGUGCAAAACCCUUCUUGUGUUUUUGAUGUUUUUAAAAGUUGUAUUGCAGCAUAACGUGUCACUGAAACAGCUGAACUAUCAGCAAAAAAGGAAGAAAAAAACAAAAAGGAAAACGCGUACCAGUUGUUUCAGAGGCCUUAAUUGGAGAGGAAAAAAAAUCCCGGGAGAAUUUUUCUUAAUUUUUGAAGUUUUGAUGUUUUCUUGUAGUUAGAAAACACUAAAAUGUGUUUUAUUUCUUUUAUUUUUUGCAGCAUUUUUUUGAUGUUAAUAAACAUAUGUAAUCGUGAGAGAAAUGAAAAGUAGUUCUAUGUAUUACUUUUGAUCUACUUUGAUUUUUUUUUCUGUCAGAUCAUACAUGUGUGAAGUAUAUUUUUUUAUGAUAUUGAAGUAAUAUAAGUUAAUACUCCAGAAAAAAUGAAAAAACAUUCUGGGGGCGUGUGAAUCAUGGAACACAAACGGCAGAUACGCAGCGUGUUAAACCAUGUACUUCCUGUGAUUCUAAAUUUGCCUUUUCUCUGUGUGUUAAGUAUUCAUAACAGGUUGCCAUCAUCCGUGGUGAUCCCGCUGUAGGCUCUAGUGUUGUUUGGUUUUGGGCAGUUAACUGCAACCGUAAAAAUGAGAUACAGGUACCUUGCGAAAACGUCUCGAAUAAUUACAUGAUUUGGUCUUUGAGACAUUCUGCAAAUGUCUUCUCUUUGUCAUUUGAAGAAUUCAAAGUCCUAUUUUUGAUAGUGAUUGCAAUGUGUGCCAUUUUAACACCUUUACACCCUGGGCUUAAUACCUUUGGCUGGGGGAGAUUAACAGACGAUGCUACAUAAAUUUGCAAAAUAUGCACAAAAACAGACCAUUUUUAUGUAAUUUUAAUGUUUGCAGUUACCUCAUACACCGUACAUUCCAAAAUAAAGAUUUGUUAUACUAUACAUACUACCAGACAUAUCACUUUAAAAUGUUCGCUAUGGGAAAAAUGUAUAAUCCUAGAUAUGUAUCUAAAGUGUAUCUGUAUAGCCAUGAUAUCUACAAGGAUCCAUGCACAAUAAAAGAUUUAUAAUUCUUAA